AUGGAAUGUACAGACGAUGCAAGGAUGAGCAGUUUUUGGAGGAGGGGGACGCCGAUAUCAUCGUAUUCCGCUGCCCGUGCCAAGAAGGCCCCGCCGCCCGCUCCCAGUAAGACCGGCGGCGGCUCCGCCGUGGGCCACGUGGCGUCGGCCAUCACCGACGGGUUGCUGUGGGGCGCCGGGUCGGCCAUGGCGCACCGGGCCAUUGAUGCUGUCCACGGCCCUCGCAAGUUCGAGAUCGAGCACACGACGACUCAGCAGCAGGCCGCUGCGGCGGCGCCGGGAGGACCGUGCGACAUCCAUGCACAGGCCUUCCUAGAUUGCAUCAACCAGAACGGCAGCGACAUCAGCCGCUGCCAGUUCUACGUCGACAUCCUCAACGAUUGCCGCCGCCGCCGGGGACAGGCCGCCGCCGUCGAGGCAUCAGGAUAG